AUGGCUUUACAAGAGGUGUGCGGUUUUCAGGACACCCCCAUCUACCCCAGGUGGAACACUCCUGCCUCUCUCUCCAUGGCAACAGGACACAACACUCUGCAUUCCGGCGGGUGGACCGGGGAGGAACCAAACGCCGCAGGGGGGGGGAGGGACGACGGGGGUCCGCUGAGCCUGUACGUGCCGGACCCGGCGCACUUUACCCAGGGUGCCUUGCGGGCCCCCGCCCCGCCGUUCCGGCUGUGCCACGGCACCACCACGCUGGCGUUCGCGUUCCAGGGCGGGAUCGUCGCCGCGGCCGACUCGCGGGCCAGCUGCCGGGGGCUGAUCUGCUCCCCCGACGCCCGGAAGAUUCUCCCGGUGCAUUCCCGCCUGGUGAUGACCAUGUCGGGGAGCGGCGCGGACUGCCAGCUCUGGAAGUGCAUCCUGGCGCGCGAACUCCGCCUCUACCACCUGCGGCACCGCCGGCAGCUGACCCCGGGGGGCGCCGCCAAGCUGCUCUCGCACAUGCUGCACCCCUUCAAGGGCACUGAGGUCUGCGUGGCGACCAUCUUGUGUGGAUGGGAGGGGGCGGGGGGCGGGGCAAGCGUAUCAUUGGGCAGCAGCGGCCUAUCAGAGUGGCCCUCCAGGGAGGGCGGGACGGGGGUCGAGCCCGAGGCUCCGGAGGGCAACCGGAGCCCAGCCCUGCCGGGGGGAGUCAGGGGCCCCGGGGAGCCGCGGCUGUACUACGUGUGCAGUGAUGGGACCCUCCUGCAGGGGGAGCUGUUCUCGGUGGGCUCCGGCUCUCCGUACGCCUACUCCGUGCUGGACGGCGGCGUGCGGUGGGGCAUGGGCGUGGCCGAGGCCCUGCGAUUGGCCCGCGAAGCCGUGUACAGGGCCACCCACCGCGACGCGUACUCAGGGAACUGCGUGGACCUCUACCACGUCACCGCCGCAGGCUGGAGGCGCAGGGAGAGAGAGGACCUGAAGGAGGAGUACUACAGAGAGAGGGAGAGAGAGAGGGAGGAGUACAGAGAGAGGGAGAGAGCAAGGGAAGAGGCGGAGUAG